CUUGAGAUCCUAUACCCAAAAAAAAAAAAAAAAAAAAGGAUUAGACAUGGCGAUGUUUAUGGUCUCACGUCGCCUUUCGUCUUCGUCGACUUCGUCGGCGCCGUCUGGAUCUUGGCGUGCAGUUUGUUUGAGGCAGUUUUCGACGACUUUCAGGGAGGAGCGAGAUACAUUUGGACCGAUACAAGUUCCCUCCGACAAGUUGUGGGGUGCUCAAACUCAGAGGUCAUUGCAGAAUUUUGAUAUUGGUGGUGAGCGAGAACAAAUGCCUGAACCAAUAAUACGUGCCUUUGGAAUUCUUAAAAAAUGUGCAGCCAAGGUCAACAUGGAGUAUGGUCUGGAUCCACAAAUUGGGAAGGCGGUAAUGCAGGCAGCCCAAGAAGUUUCAGAGGGAAAACUUAAUGAUCAAUUUCCCCUUGUUAUAUGGCAGACUGGCAGUGGAACUCAAAGUAACAUGAAUGCCAAUGAGGUGAUUGCAAAUAGAGCGUCAGAGAUUCUUGGUCACAAAAGGGGUGAAAAAUUUGUACACCCAAAUGACCAUGUCAAUAGAUCACAAUCUUCCAAUGACACAUUUCCAACUGUUAUGCACAUAGCUGCGGCAGUUGAAAUAAAUUCAAGAUUUAUACCAAGCUUGAAACAGUUACACACUUCUUUGCAUUCAAAGUCUCUUGAAUUCAAAGAUAUUAUUAAGAUUGGACGCACGCACACUCAAGAUGCCACACCUUUAACUCUCGGACAGGAGUUCAGCGGUUACUCUACACAGGUAAAAUAUGGAAUUGACCGGGUCCUGUGUACUUUGCCCCGCAUGUAUCAGCUUGCUCAAGGUGGUACUGCUGUAGGAACAGGAUUGAACACAAAAAAAGGAUUUGAUGUAAAGAUUGCAGCGGCAGUAGCUGAGGAAACUAACUUACCAUUUGUCACAGCUGAAAACAAGUUUGAAGCUCUGGCUGCACAUGAUGCUUUUGUUGAAACUAGUGGAGCCCUGAAUACGAUUUCUUCUUCUCUCAUGAAGAUUGGGAAUGACAUACGUCUGUUGGGAAGUGGUCCACGUUGCGGCCUUGGUGAGCUGAUUCUUCCUGAGAAUGAGCCAGGCAGCAGCAUCAUGCCUGGCAAGGUUAAUCCCACUCAGUGUGAGGCUCUCACAAUGGUCUGUGCUCAGGUUAUGGGAAACCAUGUUGCAAUUACUAUCGGUGGAUCAAAUGGUCACUUUGAACUCAAUGUGUUCAAGCCACUGAUUGCUAGCAGCCUGCUACGUUCACUGAGGUUGCUUGCGGAUGCGUCAGCUUCUUUUGAGAAGAAUUGUGUAAGGGGAAUUCAAGCUAAUCGUGAAAGGAUUUCAAAAUUGCUACAUGAGUCACUGAUGCUUGUUACGUGCUUGAAUCCUAAAAUUGGUUAUGACAAUGCUGCAGCAGCGGCCAAGAAGGCACACAAGGAGGGAACCACUCUAAAGGAAGCUGCAUUGAACCUUGGAUUGCUUACAAGUGAAGAAUUUGACCAGCUUGUUGUACCUGAGAAGAUGAUCAGCCCAACGGAUUGAGCCUGGAAAUACAUGGGAGUUCUCUUAAUAAUUGCUUGCCAGACUCCGGAGACGAUUGCUCCAAAGUUCCAUUUUUGCACUCACAUCUCACACUUUGGAUGGAUUCAAGUGGUCGAGAUGUAGAGGAGCGAAUAAAGCUGUGAUAUUUUUGACAAUCUGAGCUGUUUUGCCUGUUGGUGAGUUUCUUUUUUGGCGAAUGCAAGUCCUUGCGGUUAAUCCAGUUAAUAAGGGGCUAGCCUAACCUUGGUAACGAAGAAGGAUGGACUGAAAGGAAAGAAUUGUAGAUUAAAUGGAAAUCAUUAAUCUCUGAAAA